AUGGGUCAAUCCUCAGCCAAUUCGUCGACAGAUACUUCUGGUGAUUCGUCUAUUCCGCGCACCUCUGUCCCGGUCUACCACUUUCACGGUCUCGCCGCCACCCAGACUCAGUCUCAAUAUGAUGAUGGUCCCAGUAAUGAGGAUUCUCAGAAGGAAAACACGCCUGCUCCCCAUGACAGCAGAUCACAGUGUCCUUCCACUCCAGGGCAUCAAUCCUCAGCAUACACAUCCUCAGGCUCGAAAUCACCGAACAAAGUGUCGUCUCAAGGCGAUGACAACCUCAUAUCCGAGAGUCCUGCACGGAAAUCUGAGAAUACCACCGCUAUCUUGGACGGUGUGACGCCUGAUAUAUCCAGUAACACCACUCGUUCGCCAUUUAAGGACAAAGUUCCUUUGUUCAGUAGACCGACAAAAGUAGUCUCUUUCAUCUCGCCCAAUCCGAAAUCGAACCCUUCGGGUCCGUCUGUGGCACAAAGGCGUGGCAUGUCUGCUUCCAGGCCCGUGUGGCCUGAUCCGCCCUCUCCCGCUUCGCAAGACUCUUUUAUCGAUCCACUCCCUGAGCCGGACAAAGUCUUCAUCGCGACUUCGAGGGAGUUUGCCAUCCCUUUGUCCCAACUCGGCGCGGAAGAGAAUUCCGAAGACUCAAGCCAGUCUCAAGCUGAGGGCUUACCUCGUGGAGGCCAACACGCGACGUCGUCGAGUGCCAUGCUCCCCGGAACCCGUCGAAUUCCGACCCCCAGGGUACCCUCUCCAACGAGCAACCCUUCCCGAGUGGAGACCGUCCUAGUGGCAUCCACUCCAUCCAACUCUGAUAGCUCCCAAAGCUCCGUCUCCCAGGCAAAUCGGUGGGAUGACUCUCAAGACAGCGACCUAUAUCCCAAUCGCCAACGUAGCCCCUCACCUCCAUUUCCGUAUGAUGCUAACCCAAGCUCCGCAGCCCGCGAUGAGAGCCAGGAAACCCAGGUGUGGCAGCCGACUCAGCUGGUGGACGAUGCAAGCCAACCGCCAUCAGACGAUGCCCAUCACUAUCCUCCGUCCACCGUCAUUGCCACGCAGGCGACGGAGUACCAGGAAACACAAAUAAUAAGUGAUCCUGGUGAUACUGAUGAACCUCUACGAGAGCAUAUCGCUAACGCGCUGCCCGCGAAGACUGUGGCAGCUUCGGCCGCUCCGUCUUCUACCUCAAAUACGACUGGAAUGGGUCCCAGUAGUCUCCUCAGCUUGGUACCCGCCCAUAAACGGCAGAGGUAUGCAGGCAUUGUCCCGGAAUUACGUAGGGAUAGAGUGCCAGACGUACCAGCAAUACCGGAAAGGCAGUUCAUGGAUGAACCUGAGGCGACGCAGAUUAUUGAAGACGAAGAAUCCGCGCCUCCCACGAAUUCGUCUUCUCGCCGUUUCCCGCCUGCGGCUCCCCAGGAUAGCAGACAUGGGAAGGGCUCAGCAGCGGACGAACCUUCUGAGGUUGUUCCUGACUCCGAGCCAGCGAGGCUGGAAUCGAGCCCGUCGAUUCCUCUUGCAGACUUAAUGAGACCCUCUCGAGGGACAAGUGUAGGAGCGCACCUAAGCAAGGAUAGGCAGGAUGCAGCGUCCGAAGAGGAAGAGGCUCGGGAGUCUCUAUACCAUCGCGGUCGACGGCAGGGGUCAAAUUCGGGCAAUAAGGGUAAAAGGAAGAUGAAGGAUAGCACACGAGAAUCCGCGAUUGAACCAGUGGGACGAAGCAGCUACGCCUCUGCAAGGGAUAACCAUGGAGUUGCGUCCCUGGGUGCCUCAGAUCAGGGUAAGCAUGCUGCGAAAGAAGACGAAGUGCCAUCUUCAGUCCCAGAUCAAGAUCUACGGACCAAUCCAAAGACCUCCACUGGACUCGCUCUCGCUGCCAACAGGAGGGCAGCGACUAGGCGAAAGGCAACCGGGAACAAUCGCGAACGAGGGAUGGACGUGGAAAGCAAUGCAGAUUCCGAGACUGAAGAGCCGGAUGAUUCCUGCCGUGGUAUUGCUGGUCCUUCGAACGGCUGCAACGCCUUCAAAGAAGAGGAGGAAGAGACGGAACCCGAGGAUCGCGAGGACGGCGGCGACGUUGCCAUGAAUGGCAGCGAAGAGGAGGCCGAAGUGUCGCGCCCCACACCCUCAAAAAGUGUCUCACGAAAGCGAAAGCGGUCUAACACCGUGGCGCGCGGGAAGUCGAGGGCAACCUCUCGUACGCCCACAGCGAAGGGGAGUUAUGCGCCUUCCAUAGCUUCGACUGCUGAGAGGUCUAGUAAGCGGGCGAGGACGACGACGCCUAGUCAGCGUCAGCUUCGGGGCACUAGGGUCUUCGCGCUCUGGCGACAAGAUGGUCAUUACUAUCCCGGUGUUAUCCUGGGGGCAACGGCGGAACUGAACUGUUACACCGUCUUUUUUGACGAUAACACCCGCGCCGAUGUCGAGAUCUCCAAAAUGCGGCGUUGCCGACUUCGUGAAGGGGACAACGUCUUGAUUGCUGUGAAAAUGGGUAAUGGUAAGAAACAGAGAGUCCAGAGAGCACGUGUCGUCGAAGUGCAGGGUGAGACUGCUCAGUCGAGCGUACGCGUGGAGAUCGACCAGUUGGAGGGGGUGGAAGAGCUGCAAGUGUGCAUCAGCGAGAUCGUAAUCGCUGGCAAGACCAUCACCACCCAUUGGAACGACAGGCUAUUGGACCCAAGUGACAUCGGGCCUGUCCAGCACACUACGACCAGGCAAUCCCCCAGAACCCAAGUUGAAACUGAUGAAGCGGUGAAUAAGGUGAUAUAUAAGACAGCCUUCGUAAUAUCCAGCAGCAUCACCGACCCUCAACCGAAUCGAGAGCGAACGGUCAACAUCAUCAAAAACUCUGGUGGCAUAGUUGUGGAUGACUGGAUUUCCGUGAUACGCAUGGAGGGUCAAUUCAUUUCGGACUACCACUGGGUUGCCCAUCAAAAAGAUGUCAAGUGGUGUGGCCACCAGAAGAUCGAUAAAAUCUUCUUGCUGUCUGACGAUUGUUCAACUAAACCGAAGUUCCUCAUGGCCCUUGCCCUUGGUAUACCGUGCGUGGACAUACGCUGGAUACAGGAGUGUGGGGAGCGCGACUGGCAAUCGUAUUUACUGCCUGCCGGAUUCAGUGAAACUUUGCAAGCAAGAAUUUCACAAAUGAUCGAUCUGGACUGGGGCAACUCCGUGGAUUAUGUGCAGGACAUCAUGAACAAUGCGGUCGCACCCAAACUCUUCUCUAAUAAAUCCGUCUUAUGUGUGGAUGAGAAAUUUGUUCCUGUCCCAGCGAAGACCGUCGGCAAGAAGAAGGCUACUGCUUCCCGAGGAGAAAUGAGCUGCAUCCCGCAGAUAAUAUUGGCAAUGGGGGCGAGCACGGUCGAAGCUGCCACAGAGUCUUGCCAUCUGGCGCAAGAUGCGUUGCGCACAUACGACUAUGUUGUUGUGAGGACUCUUGCCGAAGUCGAAUCGGUCCGUAAAGAUGGUGUCACCGUCGUUACUUGGGACUGGGUGAAGGACUGCCUCAUUGCGGGAAGACUCUUUGAUAUGCCUGCUUAG